AUGACUGCAUUUGAGGCUGUUGUUCAGUCACUCAGUUGUGCCUGACUCUUUGCGACCCCAUGGACUGUACCCACCAGGCUCCUAUGUCCAUGGGAUUCUCCAGGCAAGAAUACUGAGGUCAGUGGACACUAAUCCAAUGUGACUGCUGUUCUUAUAAAAAGAGGAAAUUUGAACACAGGGAGAGGACGCCAGGGGUGCCAGGCUGCUGUGGUUCCUCCAGGGGAGUGAGGUCAUCAUGGCUCUGAAGUCUCUAGUCUCGUUGCCACUGCUGGUCUUGGUGCUGCUGCUGGUGCGGGUCCAGCCUUCCCUGGGCAAGGAAUCUGCAGCCGCCAAGUUUGAGCGGCAGCACAUGGACCCCAGCCCGUCCUCUGCCAGCAGCUCCAACUACUGCAACCAGAUGAUGCAGAGCCGGAACCUGACCCAAGAUCGGUGCAAGCCGGUGAACACCUUUGUGCACGAGUCCCUGGCUGAUGUCCAGGCUGUGUGCUUCCAGAAAAAUGUUGCCUGCAAGAAUGGGCAGUCCAACUGCUACCAGAGCAACUCCGCUAUGCAUAUCACAGACUGCCGCGAGGGUGGCAACUCCAAGUACCCCAACUGUGUCUACAAGACCACCCAGGCGCAGAAACACAUCAUUGUGGCUUGCGACGGAAACCCUUACGUGCCAGUCCACUUCGAUGCUUCAGUGUAGGUCUCUACCUGAGACCAGAGCAGCAAGAUGCGCCACUUCAUCACAAAGGCAUCUGCCUCUCCCCUUGUUUCCUUGCCCUGGGGGCAAUAGCUGAAGUUAGUUAGGGCUCUUAUCUCUGCACACCUUACUGGAAACACACACACAGGAUUCCCUAGCAAGAGGGCAAUAACUCAAGCUGGUUAAGUCUUCUAUCCAAUCCACACUUGCUCCUCUGACCUGAGUCUUGCCCCCGGUGGUUUGGGGGGUGAGGAGUGGGUUGUGAGAUGGGACCUGUGUUAACCAAAUCACUGCUUCUUUCAAUAAACCAUGCUUGCAACCACCUGAA